AUGGCUAAGUGCUCUAUUCUUCCUAUCCUGGUUUUGUUGUUUUUCUCAGGACCAAGGGGAGCUAGCGCAGUGGAAUAUAUGAAGACGUGGUGCAUUGCUAAGCCUUCAACGAGUAAAGAAACACUGCAGAACAAUGCACAAUAUGCCUGCAAUAACAUAAAUGCAAUGGAUUGCACGGCAAUCCAAGAAGGAGGUCCCUGCUCAGAACCUAAUGAUCUUUCGCUUUACGCUUCAUUUGCCAUGAACGCUUAUUACCAGGCCAAGGGGAGGCACUACUGGAACUGUGACUUUGGCAACUCUGGUCUCAUUUCCUUGACAGAUCCAAGUUAUGGAAGUUGCACCUAUGAAGGUGAGUGA